GUGGAGCGGCAAUAUGGCAGCGUCUGGUGCAGGUGACCCUCUCAAUACUAAGAGUGGACAGGCCCCUGUGGCUCAGCGCAUCGACCCGACCCGGGAGAAGCUGACUCCCGCGCAGCUGCAGUUCAUGCGGCAGGUGGAGCUCGCCCAGUGGCAGAAGAGGCUGCCGCAAAGGCGGACCCGGAACAUCCUGACCGGCCUGGGCAUCGGGGCCGUGGUGUUGGCUAUUUAUGGCUACACCUUCUACUCCGUGUCCCAGGAGCGUUUCCUAGAUGAACUGGAGGAUGAGGCCAAAGCUGCCCGAGCCCGAGCCCUCGCGAGGGCAUCAGGACCCUGAACCAGGUGGACACUGCACGUCUCCAACCCGCUGGAGCCCCUUUCACGUGGUGGAUGAUACCGGUGACCCUGUGGAAAUCCAAGCCUGCACACAGCAUUGAUGGCCUCAACCUUGAACGAUGAUUGAGCCCAAGAAUUUAUUGCAUUUGGCCAGGUCAAGGAAGUAUUGCCCACCUUACACAAAUUGUGUCCAGUCACUGAGCCCAUCUUGCAGUUUGUUUCCUUUUUUGAGAGCUGUAUAACCUUGGCUUUUCUCAGGCUUUCAGACUUUGUGGUUUACCCUCUUUACCUCCCUGGGGCUUAGCUGUUAUGGAGGUGGCAGCUAUGUGUAAUGUUGGAGCCUAAAGUGGGAAAGAUGGAGUUAGGUUGAGAAUAAUAAACUGAGUCACCUCUCUUGGAGCCAA